UCUAAACAACCCACAAUCCGUGUAGUUCGCUUAAUUGCCUUCUCCGCGGCUCUGCCCAACGAGAAGGCUGUCUUCCCUCAAUAGGUCAUGUAGAAAGCAGAUCGAUCGAUCGACGACGGAGAACGAGCUCCGAUGCUAAUCUGAUACAUCAUCGAUCAAAUUGCAAUUCGCCGCGGGAAUCAAAUCCCGGCGGCCGCCGCAGCUCCGAUGGCGCCCAGCGAGGGGAGGCGCAGCAACGUCUGCAUCUGGCUCAUCUCCUGCCUCUUCUUCCUCGUCCUCCUCGCCGGCGGAGGCUUCCUCGUCCUGUACAUCACCUUGCCGGAAACAGAGGACGCGAUUUGGCUCCCCAUCGCAGGGAUCAUCCUGGUGGCCAUUCCAUGGGUCUUUUGGACCAUAACGUGCAUUUACCAAUCCAUCAAGGUGAGAAACGGAGGAGAGAAGCAGCCGGCGGCUAAAGCUUCAGCGCUUAAUUCCCCGGUGGCGGCCGCCGCCCAUGACUCGCCGGUCAAUUCCCCAGGCGGCGAGAGAAAAGUGCGGUUCGGCAAUGCGACCGUCACAGGCGAGACCGGGAAGACAUCGGAGGGCGAGAAGGCCGAUAACGGAGGCUCGACGAAUGCCAGGAGCGACGGUGAAUCGUCGCUCAACUCGCACGAAAGCGAAGCGCCGCUGGCUUUCUCGACGUCAUCAGCCGCGUGAAGUGCUGACAGAUUUUAAAAAUUACAGCUUUUUUACCGAACCGCUAUGUAAUUUUGUCAAUUAU